AGCCAACGGCCACGUCGGUUGUGCGUCAGUGUCAGUGCCCAGAAGGGAGUAAAAGACCCGUGGUGCGCCCUGAAGCUGCUGGACGCCCUCUCUAGAGCGAUCGCUCGUUCCCAAAAUGGCAGAUAGAAAAGGCACAGUCUUGGUGACCGGCGGUGCCGGAUACAUCGGUUCUCACACGGUCGUGUCGCUGCUCGAAGCCGGCUACAGUGUGGUGGCUCUCGAUAACUUCACCAACUCCGUAAACUCGGGCAAGAAUGAGUCGGUAGCACUGCAGCGUGUCGAGGAAAUAACCGGCACGAAGGUGGAUUUUUACCGGUGUGAUCUGCUCGACAAGAACGCGGUCGAUCGCGUCUUUCAAAUGCACCAGAUCGAUUCGGUGAUACAUUUUGCGGCCCUAAAAGCAGUUGGCGAAUCCAUGACGAAUCCUCUGCUGUAUUAUAAGAACAACAUGAUCGGCAUGAUCAACUUGCUGGAGGUGAUGGACGGUCACGGCAUCUACAAGAUGGUAUUCUCGAGCUCGUGUACCGUUUACGGUGAACCAGAGCGGUUACCGAUCACCGAGGAAAAUCCCACCGGCAACGUGACAAACGUGUACGGCCGAACGAAAUACUUCAUCGAGGAAAUGCUUAAGGAUGCCGUACGGGCCGAUCCGAAGUGGAACAUCAUCGCACUGCGCUACUUUAACCCGGUUGGCGCCCACAAAUCUGGCCGCAUCGGGGAGGACCCGACGAAGCAGUUCACUAACCUGAUGCCGUACAUCAGCCAGGUGGCAAUCGGCAAAAAAGACGUGCUGACAAUCUUCGGGAACGACUAUGACACGGCCGAUGGUACUGGCGUGCGGGAUUACGUGCAUGUCAUGGAUCUGGCAAGCGGCCACGUGGCAGCGCUCAACAAACUGGACCAGGAACACCUCGGAUUGAAGAUGUACAACCUUGGCACAGGGAAAGGUAUAUCGGUGAUGGAGCUCAUACAAACCUUCGAACGCGUGAACAAGGUAAAAAUACCGUACGUGAUUCAGGAGAGGCGUGCCGGUGACAUCUCGUCGAUGUUUGCUAACGCUACCCUAGCCGAACGGGAGCUCGGAUGGAAAGCAGUACACAGUGUCGAGGAGAUGUGUGAAGACUUUUGGCGAUGGCAGACCAUGAACCCGAACGGCUACAAGACGGAACAAGCUAACGGGUUCCACCAUUAGCACCGCAUGAGAGCCUUUUCCUGGUGGUGCUAUCAUUUUACAGAAAUUCGUAUUUAUUCAAAUGCA